GGAGAGGAAUUAGGUUGCCACAUGUGCACAGCCACGGCUGGUACUCUCCACUGUGAGGCCGCUCGCGUUGAUUCUCCACGUGAAACCUGCUCACUCACGCCCUUGCACCUCCCAUCUCUCAGGCCGCCAGUGCACACUGCUGUAGUGCUGUUUCGUUACGUGAGUUAAGGUCGCCUGCAAGGAGUAAGUGGCGCAUACUGCAGUCCACGGAACGUGUGUGAGAGAACGGUACGUGAGCCAGUGUUUGUGAAAGUGUGGUGUGGUGCUGGUGGCUCGCUAUCAUGUGUUCCCAGUAACAAAACAUAUGGCCCAGCUGUGGAAGGAUUGUACCUCACCCCCUUCGUACACCCGCAUCCACCAUUACCACCAGCUGAGCACCGCCAGCUGAGUUAUGUUCCCCAACGGCUACGGGAAUGGGUAUCCGCCGGCGGGACCCACCAUGCCCAACGGUGGCGGCGGCGCCUACUAUGUCCAGAAUGGGAUACGCCCUAUCCUCAACGGCGUGCCAGCUGGGAGAGGUCGAUGGAUGUCCAACCGUGCGUCCCACCCAACUGACCUAGAGUUUCCAAUGGGUCCGCCACGGCAGGCAACGCCACACACGCAGCCUGGGCAGUACCACCCCUCACAGAUGACUCAGCCUCACCCCACAGGCCACUACCAACCCUUGCAGUACCACCAGGCUUCGGGAGGUAAGCACGAGGCCACACCUACCAUGCAGUUUCGGCAGCCCCAGGGAGUGUAUUACCCACCAAACAGUCAACACCAGCAGAUGAAGCCAGGUUCAGGACAAGUCCUACAAAGGGAGCGCAAGACGCUAGCAAUUGUAGACCCUAGUACUGGUAAAAACAUUCUUGAUGACAUGAACAAUGCCAAGUUUGACAAGAGCCCAACUCCUCCCCAGUCAUCAGAGUCUAGUGCUAGUAACACUCCAGCACCAGUAAGUUCUUAAAAGUAAUUUCUCAAGCUGUCU